AUGAGUCGAAAUUCAAAAACUCGACGUCAGGGCGAUCCGAUUCAAGCACCUGGUAAUUUAGCCGAUCAAAUCAAUCAAGAUCGAGCUGUAUUAGCAAAAAAACCACGACAGAAGCAAAAGCGCAAGUACGAAGAAGAAGAUAACGAUCAGAUUAUAGACGAACGUUUGUCGAGAAAAAUCAUUCAACAAGCUCGAGAACAACAAAGUGAAUUUGAUAAUGACGAACUAUUGGCAAUUAGCCAAGAAGAUGCAGAUCCACAAUCGAUAGAACGUAUCAAUAGAAUAAAAAAAAAUCGAACUGAAGAUAGUGAUGACGAGGAUUUAAGUGCGCAAGAAGAAGAUUUCGAAGACGAUGAAGUUUCAAUCAAUGAAGAUGAUGAAAAAGCGCUUGAAGCAUUUAUGACUGGUCAACCAAGACGAUUACUGGGUGAUAUUAUUGCGGAAAAACAAGCCGAAAAGCAAUCAGCUGGUGAUAAUGAUCUCGAUCCCCGUCUUGUUAGUAUGUACGAACAAGUCGGACAGAUUCUCUCACAUUAUCGAAGUGGAAAAAUACCCAAAGCGUUCAAAAUUCUACCGAAUUUAUCCAAUUGGGAACAAGUACUUCUCAUUACACAACCGGAUCGAUGGACUGCUGCAUCGAUGUAUCAAGCAACAAGGUUAUUCGCUUCCAAUAUGGAUGCGAAAAUGGCACAACGAUUCUAUAAUAUCAUCUUACUUCCACGUAUUCGCGAUGAUAUCGAUGAAUACAAAAAGCUCAAUUUUCAUCUCUACAUGGCUCUGAGAAAAGCUUUAUUCAAGCCGAGUGCCUUCUUUAAAGGAAUUAUUCUACCAUUAUGUGAAUCAGGCACAUGUACUCUUCGUGAAGCUGUGAUCCUCGGCAGCAUUCUUGCAAAAAACUCCGUGCCAAUGUUACAUUCAGCAGCUGCUUUGUUGAAGAUCGCCGAAAUGAAUUAUUCUGGUGGGAAUUCAAUAUUUAUUCGAAUGCUGAUUGAAAAACGCUAUGCCUUACCAUUCCGUGUUGUCGAUGCACUUGUUCAUCAUUUCAUUAAAUUCCGUAAUGAUACUCGUGAACUUCCAGUACUCUGGCAUCAAGCAUUGUUAUCUUUUGUUCAAAAUUAUCGUCAAGAUAUCUCAACGGAACAAAAACAAGCGUUAUUGGAAUUGUUACAUCAUCAUUUCCAUCAUACCAUUGGACUUGAAGUUCGAAAAUUACUUUGCGAAUACAAGUGUCGCGAUGAAGAAGACGAACAAUAUGCCAAACAACCGAAUUCGAGCACACCGAAAACUCCUAUGGAUCCAUCAUCAUCGUCGAUUCGUCAAAAUUCGAAGGAGAAUUUGUCAAAUACCAAUGGUAUUCGAUCGCAAACAUUAACUAAACAAACAUCUUCACGAUUGGACCGAUCAUUAUCAAGAAAUAAAGAAGAUAUUGAUCCAACUAUGAGUCGAUCAAGUACGGUAUCAAGUUUUCCCGAACAAACCAAGCCUGAUGAAUUAGCUUCGGGUUUAGUAACAAUGGGAUUGUUGAAUGAUGAAGAUAUGAACAAACUAAAUACAACAUUUGAAUCAUUGGGUUCGUCAAAUGAAUCAGUAGAACGAAAUAAUACCAAACAAGAAUCUUACAAAAUGAAGAAGCAAUCGUAUCAAAGUGCAAAAAAACGGAUUACAUCCGAACUAGCCAAUGUACUCAAAGAUUCGUCUGUUGUGAUUGUGAGCGAUUGGCUAAAAGUUCGAGGAACACUCAGAGAUUGGACAAAGCUAUGGGCAAUUCUCAAACCAGGUUUGAUGUUACUCUAUCGAAAUCCACCAUCAAAAAAUGGUGUAUGGGUUGGCACUGUUGUUCUAUCAUCAUGUGAAGUGAUUCAACGUCCAUCGAAGAAGCCAGGAUUUUGUUUCAAAAUCUGGCAUCCAUUAGAGAAAUCCAUCUGGGCACAAAAAGGUCCCAACAAUGAACAAUUCGGUGCAAUCACAUUUCCUUUACCUAUGAACUAUCUUAUUUGUCGAGCAAGCGAUGAAACAGCCGGACGUUGUUGGAUGGAUGCACUUGAAUUAACAAUGAAAUGCUCAAAAUUAUUAAAAAAGCCAUAUUCUUCUACCACAAUCAAUGAAGAACUAGCAAGCAGCACUCCGAACAUCUCCAAUCCAUCGCCAGUUCCUGAUACAACAUUUUUAAGCACAAGUUUUUCCGACAAUGAUUUCGAAGCUAGUCGUCUAUCGAACAAAGAAGAAGAUGAUCGGAUGAGUGAAGCAAGUGCUGAUGUGAGUAAAGCAUCGAGAAGUGGUUCAAGUCAUUCGGAAAGUUCCCAAGAAUGCUUAAAUGAAGAUGAUAAUGAAACUCCAUACUUAGCAGCACCACCCGAAGAAAUGGGAGAAUUGGGCAAUGUUGCACAAACUGAAGAAGUUGCGGAAGAAAAUAAAUCUCUAAUCAUGCAUUUAUUAAAACAAGUGCGUCCAGGUAUGGAUUUAUCCAAAGUUGUUCUGCCAACGUUCAUUCUGGAACCAAGAUCAUUUCUUGAGAAACUUUCUGAUUAUUAUCAUCAUUGUGAUAUUCUCGAAGAAGCGAUAAAUUCAUCUGAUCCAUUAGUACGAAUGAAAACGAUUGUUAAAUUUUAUCUCUCAGGAUUCUAUAAAAAACCAAAAGGAUUGAAAAAACCGUACAAUCCUGUUAUUGGCGAAGUUUAUCGAUGUUUUUUUCAUCAUACAAAGAACGACAGCAAGACAUUCUAUUUAGCCGAACAGGUAAUAUUUCUUUCUCUCUUAUUCGUCCAUUUGGAAAACAAAGAUGCGCGAUGA